AUGUCUGGGGUGAGCGACCAGAUCCCAACAGAGCCUAUCUCUGCAAUCGGAGUCCUUUCUUCACACAACAAGGCUCCACAUGACUACUAUGUUGUAGCACAAACAACAGAUGGCUCUGAUGCCGACCUGUGGAAGGACGGCCUAUUCAAAUCCAAGGUCACUCGCUACCUCUGUUUCACCAGAAAACCUGGCCCCGAUGUUGUUGUGGAUGUGAAGCUGACUGACAUUAAGGAUGCAUUGCCAGAGGGCUUCAUUGCAGUCCAAGAAACAAUGGACACAAAAGAGACUGCCAUGAGGAAAAGGAGGCUUUGUGUCAAAAUCAGCCCACGUAUGUCUGCAGAGACGGCAUUAUUUGACAUCAAGAUUGCUGCCAAAUCCAAGUAUCAUCUUGUUCACUACACCUGCCUGGGAGAGAUCAAUAACAUGGGCAUAUGGUAUCGAAUGGGAGCAGUUCCUCAUCUCCAGCCUUUGCAGGAGAGAUCAAGCACAGUUAACAGUGAAGCCUCCGUUGACAUUGAGAGCAAGAGGGCCAUCAGCAGACCGGACAUUAAGCACCAGAGCAGUAGCAGCUACACCUUGACAGCCAUGGAUGAUGUGCCCUUUGGGAUUGCGCAGCGAUUCUAUGACACCCCGAAAGAGAUGCAGCAAGUCAAUUUAAUGGGCAUUACGAUCAAAUCCCUGGCAGAGAUCGAGGAGGAAUUUCACUACAAUUUCAGCAUAGAGCGAAGCAUUAAUGCACAACAUCCCUCAACAUGAUGGACUGUACGAGAAACCCAGAUUUUUGCAUCAUCAAGUAACAAAAGAGAAGACAUACAGUAGUUUUUUUUUUUUUUUUUUUUAAAUAUGGUACAGUACAAUGUUUCAAAAAUGUUCCGUCACAAUUAUAUGCGACUCACUUUGUAAAAAAAAAAAAAAAAAAAAAGUUGUGUAUUUUUUGAGAAUAUGUAAAAUGCUAAAAAUAAAUAAAUAAAUACCCUAAUUAUUACUGAUUGUGCUUAUAUUCAAGUUGGCUGAUUCGUGACGUUUGAUGUCAGUUGAUUGUCAACAAGGGAUGAAAAUGCCACAAACAGACAGUUUUCUCUGAUGUGCAUGUUCUAGUGUCACAAAAUUCAUCAUGCAAUGUAGUGUAUAGAAUGAGCAGAAAGAGCUAUGAAGCAUUGAGCCUUUACCCUAGACACCCAUACCUCCCUAUA